AUGCAGAGUAAAGUGGCAGUCAGCUCUUCCAGCCCUGUUGUCGCAGCUUCGUUCCCACCCCCGUCCCGGGCCAGACACACACCCAUCAUCGAGGGGGAGAUUUUCAAGCUUCCAGGCAGGCUGAGAAUCCAGCCCUCACUGUGGAGCAAGGACGACGUGAUCCACUGGCUAAGAUGGGCUGAGAAAGAGUAUUCCCUUCGGCAAACGGACGAAAGCAAGUUUGAAAUGAACGGCAAGGCCCUGUGCAUCCUCACCAAGGAUGACUUCAGACACCGAGCUCCGAGCUCAGGUGAUGUGCUAUAUGAAAUACUCCAGUACAUUAAAACUCAAAGAAGAGCUCUGGUGUGCAGCCCUUUGCUCAACUCCCCCUUCAGAGAAGCCAGCAGCACAAAGGAAGACUGCAGGUUGCUGUGGGAUUAUGUGUACCAGCUUCUCUCAGACAGCCGCUACGAGCCUUACAUCAAGUGGGAAGACAAGGAAGCCAAGGUCUUCCGGGUUGUUAACCCAAAUGGACUUGCCCAGCUCUGGGGCAACCACAAGAACCGGAUGAACAUGACGUAUGAGAAGAUGUCACGAGCGCUCAGACAUUACUAUAAACUCAACAUUAUCAAAAAGGAGCCGGGGCAGAAGCUGUUGUUCAGGUUUUUGAAGACUCCUGGUGAGAUGAUCCAUGAAAAAUCCAGAAAACUGGAGCAGCUGGAGAAUGAGGACCAUGAGGAUUUGAAAGAAGACGCACUGGAGGUUUCACUGUAGGGAACCUGUGACGGUGGCACUUGCAGUGCAUGGCAGACAGAUUUGUGCUCCGUUGGGAAGUGCCAGUGUCUUACAUCUCCUGGACAGAAGGCCAGAGAGGUGGUCCUGGAUUUCAAAACCUGCCCUGAGCCAAAGCUGUGA